GAAUAACCAACUUCGUGUCAUUAAAUGUAGAGUCAGACGUGGUGGUCAUUGGCCUUUGUCUGCUUCUUCUCUUGAGAUUCGCUAGUAAAGACAUGAGAUGGCUGAGAUAUCUAAAUCAAUGGCGUGGAACGGCGAAAGAAGCAUUCAAUCAAGUUUCAACCGUCGCCAAGUUUCUCUGUUUGCUUCAUGUCACCGAUCGUUACAUAAUCUCUUCCACUCACGUCUUAAAUCAUUGCAUUGCAAGUCCUAGCAUGCUUCCCACGCUUAAUCUCACCGGCUAUAUACUUUUGGCGGAACAUUUGUCUCAUAGGUUCGGUAAGAUUGGUCUUGGCGACGUUGUAUUGGUUCGAUCUCGGACAGACCCAAAGAGAAUGUUGACAAAGCGGGUCUUGGGUUUAGAAGGGCAUAGACUCUCUUUCUAUGCUGACCCAUUGGUCCGUGAUGACUCAUUCAGCGUUGUGGUUCCAAACGGUCAUGUUUGGAUUCAAGGAGAUAACUUGCAUGCUUCAACGGAUUCACGUAAUUUUGGAUCUGUACCUUACAGUCUUACCGAAGGAAAAGCUCUUUUGCGGGUCUGGCCACCACGAUACUUUGGGUCAUUGAGGUGA